AUGGCCAAAGAAAAGACCGCAAAGAGAAGCACAGGAGCGAAGAAACUCUCUCCAUAUAACAAGUACAUGAAAACUGAACUCGUCAAAGUCAAGACCGAGAAUCCCGAAUUAAAUCACAAGGAGGCCUUCAAAAUUGUGGCCCAACGUUGGAAAGACUCGGCCGAGAAUCCUAAAAAUCAAUCCGACAAUGCCAAAAGCCAAGCCAAGGAGAAAUAA